AUGGUGGGUACCUCACAGCGCCAUAUUCGCCCGGUGUUUUCAGCAGUAAUUUUCGCAACGUUAGUGUGCUUAGUGGCUGAAGGCUUUAGCGAAAUAGGAGCGAAAGGCAAGCCUGUACUGCACAUCUGGAGGAAGGAUUCCGGGGAUAUUUCGCUGCAUGCAUCCUUUGCAGGCAGGGAAACAACAGAAAACCCACUCAAGCGUACAUAUUUCCAUCCUCUAGGGAAGCAGCCACUACCUGAGGGCUCUAAGGCGUUGUUGUUUCCUGUUGCUACUUGGGACGAGCAUUAUUACAAGCCCUCUUCUAGAGGGAAUACGGAGUCGGAGAGCAUCAAUGCGGACCCUGAGGCUUUUGGCGCAAGUCUCAGCCCUGAAACGGCACAGGCAUUCUCCCUUCCAUUUGCUCAAGAUCUUCAAAAGGAGGCGAUUAAACGGAAGGAUACCGCUUUGUACCCAGAGGUGGCCGCCGUGCUGACCCCAGCCCGUUAUUCAGCUGCCCUGCAGUGGAGCAUCAGCAAGCAGCUUCGUUCCAACCCGUGGAAGCCCUUUUUCUUCGUUGUCCUUGCUGAGUAUGCGCCGGUGAAAAACCAAAAUUCCAGUCAGUUCUUAGGAGAGAGAGAUUUUGCUCUCGUUCCUGCAACUCAAGAAUCUCUCACAGACGAAAACGGGGAACCUUUGUCAUAUCCAUUUUCUUUGCCCACUCCACUGCAACUCCUACAGAGUGCAUUUGGAGAUGAGUACGCUGUCAAAGUGCUCGCUAAUGGCCAGCUUUCUUCGGCCACCCAGUCAUUGAGCGGUUCCGCGAGUGGCCAAGCAGGCAGAGAUGCAACGGCUGCUGGAUCGCCAGGCCCCCCACCUCCAUCUGAGCCUUACCAAAUGCGGGAGGCUAGUAGCGCUUUCUUGCGCUGGAUACCGUUUGGCUUGACACGCAAACCCUCCGCAUCCGAAGUUGUGGGUGAGUUGCCUGUACGAUCUCCAGGUGGAGAAGCUUCUUUACUGGAAUCCCCAGAAAAUGAAGAGGCUUUUAUUGAAGCCCUCUCCAAAAGCUUACCUCGUCGCUGGCUAAAAGCUCCAGAUGGGCGGCGUCUGGUUAUCGUAUUGAACGACCAGAUCACGGAAUGUCGGGGCUUGUUGCAUCUCGCCGUGAACUCGUCGGCUGGCGGCACUCCAGUAUUUGUGGAAAAUUCCGGAGGCCUUGACCCACGAAAGCUGCUAAUGCGCCUGAAAGACGAACGUAUUCGUGGGAAAAAAAUCGCAUUUUUACUGUUUGCCCUGGGUGGGUCGGAGACAAUGCCGAUGAACACUGCAUUUUUAGACCGAACAGUGCUACGAGUGCCCAAACUUCAUGACAUCAAAUCAUUUCUGGAGCAGAAGGAAAAAGAAGCAGCUGAAGACUUGGCAUCCGAUAAGGAGGAACUGGAGGAGAUGAAGCAUCAUAUGGAAAGGCGCAGAGCGCACCUUUUGGAGCUCGAAGGCAAAAGAAAAGCUGCUAAAUUGAACGAAACAAACAUAAACUUCCCGCAGGUGAGGCCGAUUCUGUUUGCCGUUUCCAAUAGAUAUGCUUAUCCAGUGCGCAUGAUAACUUCGCUAACGUCGCAAAAAUUUUGGUGCGUCUUUCAGAAGGAUUCCGGAAAAAGCGGUCAAAUCGAGGCGUAUAAAUUAAGAAAAAUAGGUCAACCCCCAGUGUUUGUUCUGAACCAGUUUGACGAAUACCUGCUCCGCUUCAACUACACGGAAGUUAGCGAUCUGACUAGCUAUGCUGAGACCCUUGCGUUGGAGCUAAAGAAUGAGCCUCUCGAGAUUUCAAUAGCGUGCGUUUCCCCUUUUUGCUGA